CCUUCUUCUUUCCCCUUUCCUCCAGGGGCGAGGCUUCUCCCUCCCUAUCGCGCGACGCCGCCGCAAACCUCCAGCUGGCACGCCGUCGCCUCCUUCCCUCCCAGAGAUCCUCCGGCCUCCUCCCUGCCCACCUGCAACGCCGCCGCUACCGGCCCCUUCCUCCUUCGCCGCCUUCCCUCUCCUCCCCUCCCGUCAGCCGCCGCACCACGCCCUACCCCCAGCCGCCACGGCGCGCCGCCCCGGCCGGGCGGUUCCUGCCCGAUUGAACACCGUGAGCAGGGGGAGACAUGAUUUACACGGCGAUCGACACGUUCUACCUCACGGACGAGCAGCUGCGCGACUCGCCGUCGCGGAAGGAUGGGAUCGACGAGGCCGCCGAGACGACCCUCCGUGUCUACGGCUGCGACCUCAUCCAGGAGAGCGGCAUCCUCCUCAGGCUACCACAAGCAGUGAUGGCCACAGCACAAGUGCUGUUCCAUCGGUUUUACUGCAAGAAAUCAUUUGCACGAUUUAGUGCUAAGAGAGUUGCUGCUAGUUGUGUGUGGUUGGCUGGCAAGUUGGAGGAGAGUCCAAGAAGAUCAAAGCAUAUCAUAUUUGUCUUCCAUAGAAUGGAAUGCAGGAGAGAAAACCUACCAAUAGAAUUCUUGGAUGUAUUUUCAACGAAAUAUACAGAGCUGAGGCAUGAUCUGAUAAGGACUGAACGACAUCUGCUGAAGGAGAUGGGGUUUAUUUGCCACGUUGAGCACCCUCACAAGUUCAUCUCGAACUACCUUGCAACACUCGAAGCCCCUGAAUUGACACAAGAAGCAUGGAACCUUGCCAAUGAUAGCUUGCGGACAACUCUUUGUGUACGGUUUAAGAGUGAAGUAGUAGCAUGCGGAGUUGUGUAUGCUGCAGCUAGGAGGCACCGGGUCCCCCUCCCAGAAGAGCCUCCUUGGUGGACAGUCUUUGAUGCUGAUGAGGCAGCAAUUCAGGAAGUUUGCAGAAUUCUUGCUCACCUGUACAGCCUCCCAAAGGCACAAUAUAUACCAGUGUAUAAAGAUAAUGAUUCCUUCAGUGUUAGAAGGGCCUUGGAUACACACGCGUCUAAGGAGAGUCCAGCAAGUGCUGUUGCUAGUGAUAGGGGUACUCCUGUACCUUCGAGUUCUAGCCAGGAGAAGAAUUCACUGACCAAGGCAAGACGAGAGAAAGUGAAGGAAAACAGUGAUACCAAGGAUAAGCCGUUGCCUGCUGAGCUAAAUGGAAAAGGAGGCCAGGCAGCAAAUUCGAAGAUUGAAAGGCCAGAGCCUAAUGUAGACCGUGCUGAGGAAAGAGAAAGAAGUAGAUCAAGAGGCCGUGACCGUGAUAUUAGGGGUAGAGAUUCUGAUCACGAGAGGGAGCGUGAUAGAGCCAAGAGACACCGUUCGAGAGACAAAAGUUCAGGAUACUCGGACAAGGAGAAAUCAAGGCACCGCUCGUCACGUGACCGUGCCGGCUACUACUCAUCUGGAGACAAAGAUCAUCGGCACAGGCGCCAUUGAUCCAGCUGAGCUUCCGUGUUGUAAGAACAUCCGCAGAGAGAGCACGAAGGUCCUGACGGAGCGUGAGAAGGAUCUGGUUUCAUCUGGUGUUACACUACCUAUUCCAUUAACAAAUCAGGCCAAUCUUUAUCACUUUGCAACAGAGAAACAGAGCGGUUGUCAAUAAUUUACCUGUAGUUUAUCAGAGGGAACAAAGACAGGUGUCUCCCGAGUACAUCCGUGCCUGCCACUUUUGACAUGAAGGGCUUUUGACAGUGAGUGAUUGUCACAGCAUGAUAACCUGGUUUCUUGUGGCCUGGGGGCACAUGAAAAACUUUCGUGUUGUUUUGGUUGCAGCUUCCUAGGCUGAUAUGCAUUGAUAUUGUUGUAAUUUGUUUCCGGCCUAAUAUGGAUAUGUUGUAGCUCUUGUGUUUGAAGAUGUCAUGUGAUGUCUUAGUUAAUUUAUAAUAAAUUUCAUGUAGGAA